GAUUUUUAUCGGUCGGCCAUUUGUGACUUACUAACAUUCGUUCGGAGAGGUCUAUUUUUGUCACUCGUGUUGUGUGGAGUCGAUUGUUGUACAUAUAAUUAUGAAGACUGUUAUUGUUAAAAUUUCAUCGCUACAUCGACAAGAUCGACCGAACGGUAACUUAAUGAUUUGAAUCCUAGAGGCUGCACUAAUCUUGUAUUAUACAAUUGCACAAUAACAUACGCAUAUAUUGUAUCAGUCACACACAAAAUUAGUAUUAUGGAUAACAAAGUAUUCAGUUUUGGCAUGUCAAUUUGCGAGUCUCUAUAUCAUUAACAUAAAGAAGAAAUACGUGUUGAGCUUGCCGUGUUUUUCGCGAAAUUUGUAUAAUAAAAAAAUAUAAAAAAAAAAAAAAAGAAAAAAAAGAUGGGCACUUCGAGACAGGAGGACAGAUCACUCGGCAGUGGAAUCUCGCUGCCCCAAUGGAUGAAAGGAAAAAUAGAUAAUAGAUUUGACUUUGAUGAAGCCGCAUUCAGCCCACCAUCUUAUGAUGACAGUUUCUUUUAUAUAAGAUAUCCGAAAACACAAAACUCGGAAGCGCCUCAAGAAGGAUUGAAGCGCAUGGUAAACGAUGUUCUGAAGGAGAACAAUAUCAAGAGUUCGUCAAGUCAAACCAUAACAAGUGAAACUUCUAUUUCCAACUUGAACCAAGCGAAGACUAUUGAUUUUAGCAAACAUCCAUUGCCAUGCCAACCUUUUAUACCAGCUGCAAAACCUGAAGAAAGUAAAAUUCAAAAAACUCCAGGAAAUAUAAAGCUUAAAUCGCAGGGAACCGACGACGGUUUUCAUGGUGAACCGGCUCUCUGCGGCAAGUCAAUUGUUCAUGUGGCCAAUCAAAUGAUGUCCGGUAAACUUACUAAGUUAUUUACGUCAGAAUCACGCUCCCAGCAAGCCGAGACUUCGCUAAAAAGUGUCAGUAAGUCAUUGCCGGCGACACCGUUGACAUCACCGACAGGAACUCCGGACAGUUCACCGAAAGCACGCAGGAAGGUACAUGCCAACAGAUACUUUACAGGCGCAUUCAUACCGGAUAAGGAGAAGUACCAGGGUAAUUGGAUUUUGUCGAGCAUACUGGGCCAAUCCAGGGAAGUAAUUACAGCAAAGAUCGAGGAGGAGGACGAACACAUUACAGAUUGGGAACCGCGCAAGCCGCUCAGUCGGAAGAAAUCAAUAUCAUCGCAAAAUCUCACGUACAUAGGAAAGGAAGAAAAAUCUGUGGAUAAGACGCCUAUUUAUUUAAACGUGCUCGAAGCCAAACCGUCGGAAUUAAGAGAGAUGAAUUUUUGGUCACCAACUUCCAUGUAAAAGUUUAUUACACGAUAUAAUUUUUUUUUAUUUUCAUUUUUUUUUUUUUUUGGUUGAUUUUUAUCUGCGUAAGUAAUUAAUCACACGUGCUUUCACUCCAAAGCAUAUUUAGAUUGUUUAGAUGAAUUUAAGCUUCUAUAUCUUAUUAACGUUGUAGAAAUUUAGUAUAAUUGUAUAACUAACUCUCUAUCAGGAAGCAAACAUUCUUUGAUUGAUCUAUACGACGAUUAUUACCUAUUAUAUGUAUUUUGCGCAUAUUAUACGAUCAGUCUCGUUUCCUUGUAUAUCGCACUUGUAUUAUGGCAUUCUCAGAAAUGCGGAGACGUGUGACACUUCACGAAAUUUUUAAGGGCGUACUUUUGUCACGUAAUAAAAAUUUUUUAUAUCAUGUAAUACAAACUUGCAAUAAAAUUCAACGAUUUAUGCGAGAAAAAAAAAUUGAUACAAAGCGAUUGUACACUGUGAAUUUAUAUUGACUAUAUCCGAGAUCAUUUAUAUAUGUGUCUUGAGAGAAAUUCUCUUGUUCUCUAAAUCUAUCAAAGAUCUUGUUAUCUCUAAUGUGCAGACGAGUUACAGAUAUAUACACCUACUGUAAACUCCGAUUUGAUUUUUAUCUCACAAUAAAGAAACAAAAAUGUGUAAUAAAAACAAAACACUUUUGAAAAGAA